AGUUGCUACAGUGUAACUAACAAAGUGAUUUUUGUCUCUACUUUUCAGAGACCUUUUAAACUCGCCAAAACCCCGCAGCGCCGAAUAAAAGCUGCAGCAUUGUAAUGCUCGAGUUGUUUUGUUACAUUUUUAAAGCGUUACUUCCAGUCAGACGCAACGUUGUAACUCAGUAGUUUUGCCUCGCGACGUUCGUUCACACUGAACAGCUAGUUGGAUUGAAGACGGGCAGUUUGGCGUGUUUGGGCUAACUAACCAAAGAGUCCCAAAAGAAACAAUGUUGGAUGGGGAUUUGUGAGCGUUUAAAAGGAAUGAGAUUGAACCAAAGAAGCACGCUUUGAGCACUGCAGCGUUCGAGUGGCCAGUGCCAUGAAACUGAAUCCACAGCAAGCCCCGUUAUAUGGAGAGUGUCUGCUGACGGUCCAGCUCUGUGAGGAUGAGUGUGUCGAGGAGGAGGAUGAUGUGGAGUUUUACCUGCUCUUCGCUGGAUCCACACAGAGACACGUGUCCAGCACACUGAAGAUCAGCCAUGUCACGCUGCAGGCCGUCUGUCCAGCUCAUGAUCGCAGUGAAACGGUACGGGUCACACUAUGCCAGGCUCGUCCCGGCGGCUCAGUGGACCCAGUGUCCGAGGAGUGUUUCCAGUUCGUCCAGGACCUGGCUCUUGACAUGGCUCAGUUCUUGGUAAAUGCGGUGGGAAAAACAGAAGGAGCGCUGCUGCUGGACGAGUGUCAGAUCCCGCUGAAGGAGUGCGAGCGGCUGGACGAUACUUUGGCUCUGGCUCUCCGGCAUCUGCCUCUGCCCGCCGGAUGGAGCGUUUUGGGCACAGAUUUGGACACGGGCACUUGCACAGGCUCGGGCAUUGAGCCUGGACCACACGAUACUCUUUUGCACUUUGCUGCGAAGCGCGGACUACGCAAGGUUGCACUCUUUCUGCUCCAGCAACCCGGGGGAAGAGAGGCUCUCCGGCUUCCCAACAAACAGGGUCGCACACCGGCCAAGGUCGCCCAGAAGAGGGGACACUCUCAGCUCCACAAACUGCUCACGGAGGUUGACAAUCUGCCUGAGCUGGAGACGAAAACAUCUAAGUGGCGUUACCCAGAAGGCAGAGUCCUGCAACACCACCCCAAGCUAAACACUUACACCCUUACGCUGGAGGAUGUGCCCGGGAGCUCCCCACCUAGCCUUCAGUGUGAUGUGGAGGAGCUCCAGCGUCUCAUUCAGUCACAUCAGAAGGAAGAUCCUCCAGCACAGCAUAAAUCAGCACUGCUGAUUCUCAACAGAGACCCCAGUAAUAGCACAGGGACAGAUGACUGCCUUCCGCCCAACUCAGUGGAACCUGAGCAUGAGGAACACAACUCAGAACAAGAAGAAACUUGCAAAUCGCUUUUAAACAGCCUUACUGUUGAGGAUGGAAUGUGUCUUCAUCAAAACGGCACAGGAGAUCAUGUCCAGUUGCAGGAUGGGGAGGUGGAGCCUGACCUGCCUGCUGUAGGGGAUACAGGGAAUGCGUUAGAUAAAACUGACUGUUCGCAGCAGCGGGUAGAAGGCAAUUCUGUGGCUUUCAGUGCCCUUUCCUGUGGAAACCAGCGGCAGGAAGCUGAUAUAGAGCUCUGCAUAAUCAGUGCCAAGCAGGGGGUUGCUUCACAGCCUGAUAAAGAGAAGCAAGAAGAGCAAGAGGCUUACCAGAAGUGUUCAGAGAUUGAAAAGGACUAUAACACUGAAUCUGGCAACCCUGAGCUUCAAGACAUGGGCCACGCACAAUCUCAGGGUCUCCUCCCCACGGAAACUGGUCAGCCUUCACAAAGGGAGGUGGAGAGCGAGGGGAGUACAGAUGUCAGUUGGCGUAGGGACUUACCAGAGGAAAGGGAAGGGGACACGAGUAGCAACCAGGAUAUAGACUCAUAUUCUUCAGCACUUUCUUCCCAUAAUCUAGAGGAAAACAGCCAGCACGAUGAUGAGAUUGAUCCUCAGUUGCGUACGGAAUGCUCAGAGGGAACAGAUGAAGCUAAAUUGACUUUAAUUAAGGUAAAUUCUGAAGUUACUUUGUCUUUACAAACUGAUGAUACCAUUAUUUCUGAUGGUGUUGACAAGCCACAUGGUCUCUUAGAGACGGAGACAGAAAAUCUUAGCGAACACACCAAAGGCAACACUGAGUCAGAUUCUGAUUUGGUUGCGGAUGACGCUAGUAUAAAGCAGAACUCUGGAUUUAGCGUUUUAGAGGGUGAUCUUUUGGAAUCAUUAAGUCUACGGCCAAACAUGGCACCGGGACCAGUGCAUAAGGUUCAGCAAGGUUUGUCACCGGUUCCUGAGACUUCCUCUCAUGUAGGUCCAGCUGUGGAGCCCAUUUCUGAGACUACAGAAAGUUGUCAACAACCAAAUCAAUCCACACAGCUUUCAGAAACUGCAUUAGAAUGUCAGGAUGUUUCGUUAAAUGACUCAACCGGUGACAUUAAUGCAAUAGCAGGGGUUUCCGUUGACAUUUCUGCAGAGGUUUCACUUUGCCAGAAUGAAGGGUGUCCUACUGAUGGAAGCAAAGAGGAGGUAGCCUCUAGUGAGAGGAUACAAGACCUUAAAGAGCUUACGGAAGAGCCGGAAUCAGUUGUGGACAUUAUUGUCUCAGAUUUAGAUGACAAAUCUCAACCUUUUGAAGAGUCUUCUUUGCCUAUUGACUCUGAAUGUUUUAUCAAAGGUGAUUUACAAAACGAUGCGUCUGCAGUACAAUCUUCUGAACAUACUGGAGGUGACAUAAAUGUAGGAACACUCUUAGGAGAAGAAGAGGCAACUGAAAAAAUAGAACAGUCAGACUCUUCACCUAAACCGGUUAAGCAAAUUCCUGAGGAAUAUACUGGAGAUACCGCAAACGAAAAUAAAAAAAUUGAGCCAGAGGAACAAUCUAUUUUACUGCCAACUUUGCAAGGGGAAUCAGGAUUUAAGGAUGUUGCUACAGAGAAACCUGUACAGGAAAGGGAAAUUGACUCCACUUCAGAGGAAACAAUCAGCGAUCUCCCUGAUCCAUCGGAAAUCACAAACAAUGAUUGUGUUGAAUCCAAUGCACACUGCCAGCUCUCGGAAACCUCCAAGGAGAGCGCAAACACAUCCUUAGAACCUGCCGAAUGUGUGAAUGACCUAGACUUGUCUUGUGCCUUAUCCCAAACAGAAAUCAAAGGCACCAGACCUUCUGAAACCAACUUCAUUGAUGGAAUAACGAUAUGUGCUGAAAAUCCCAUUGAGGACAAAAGUGUUGACAUGGCUACCAAUAUGAGUGAGACGACCAUCUCUGAGGAGAGUCUGUUCUCUCUUAUUGACACCACCAGUGGUUCAGCUCUGGAGAGCUCCUUCAUGUCUGACCCACUCAAUGGCUCAUCCUCAACAGCUGAGCUCACUUCCCCUUUGGAUAAUAAUAGUGGAUUGCAUCAGGAUUUGGAACACACUUCCCCAGUGGAUAUAGACAAUGGUUUGCCUGAGGAACUGCCGCCUUCAGACACACCUGAGUGCCUGAAUGGAUUACAUCAAGAUUCUCCUGAUAGUUUGAUGGAGCACAGUGGAACUCUUCAGCAAUGUGCUGAGGAACUGCGUGUGGAUCAAAUCACAGAUGACAGCGCUUCAGGAGAGGAUGCAGCAGACGGACACCAAGACUCCUCAGUAGACAUAGCAAAUUCUGAAGCGGUGUCCCAGGGGAAGAAGACCGUUUGGGUUGACAAUCUGCCUGAGCUGGAGACGAAAACAUCUAAGUGGCGUUACCCAGAAGGCAGAGUCCUGCAACACCACCCCAAGCUAAACACUUACACCCUUACGCUGGAGGAUGUGCCCGGGAGCUCCCCACCUAGCCUUCAGUGUGAUGUGGAGGAGCUCCAGCGUCUCAUUCAGUCACAUCAGAAGGAUGGGGAGGUGGAGCCUGACCUGCCUGCUGUAGGGGAUACAGGGAAUGCGUUAGAUAAAACUGACUGUUCGCAGCAGCGGGUAGAAGGCAAUUCUGUGGCUUCAGUGCCCUUUCCUGUGGAAACCAGCGGCAGGAAGCUGAUAUAG